AUGAUUUAUAAUAUGAAAUUAGUUUAUAUGGUAACAAUUUUUGUUAUAUUAAUAUUAAUGAAUAAACAAGUUUUUGGUAAACCUUAUGAAUCCGAUGAACAUCAACUCGGUUCGCGUGAAACAGUUGAUAGAUCAGUUCGUAAAUCUGAAAAAUGUGCCGGUCGUGGAGAAAGUUGUAGUGGUGGUCUAACGGUAAAAUUGAAAACNAUUGAACCUACAUUUGUACCAUCGAAUCAAGGUGUUGAUGGUGAAUAUGAAGUAGAUGAUAUCGACGAUUUGAUUCAACUAAUAGGCAGUGUAGAUGAAUUUACAGCUGCUGCAAUUAAUGCCACAAAAAGAUCAACAGAAAAUGUGUAUAUACGAGAAACAGUUGAAGCUGUCGAAAAAGUUGGACGUUUCAAUCACAAGAAUCAACAAACUCAACAUGUUUCAAAUACAAGCAAUGAUCGACAAAUUGUACCUUUUGUUUCUGCAACGUCUAAUCUAAUUAAACUUAAUUCAAAAUGGCAAGAUCAGCUGAAGAUUGAAAAAGAACGAAUUAGACGCAUGCUCGUAGUUAAAAACAAUUACUCAACUCAAACUAGCAUCAUUGCUGAAUUUACAUUGAACAAAGAACAAAAAGCUGCAUUCUUGAUAAUAACAAAUCAUCUCGAUGGUGAUAGUCGAUGUCGUACAGGCGACAAUAAUGGUCAACUCAUUAUGUGUAUACCUGGUUGUGGUGGAACGGGCAAAUCACAAUUGAUUCGUGCUCUUACAAAAUAUUUUCUUGUUACAAAAAGAAUGCAAAUGAUGCGAAAACUUGCACCUACUGGAAUCGCAGCUGCUGAAAUUGAUGGCAUGACAAUUCAUUCAUUUUUGGAUGAACAACGUAGUUCACGAAAGCCACGUACCAUCAAACCAGGUGAUUCCAAACUUGAAAACGAAUGGAGACCGGUUGAAUAUCUGUUAAUUGAUGAAAUGAGUAUGGUUGGCUUAACUUUAUUAGGGAAACUCAAUAGAAUUAUGUGUUCUGCCAAACAUGUCGAUCCACAAGUUCCAUUUGGUGGUGUGAACGUCAUCUUCUUUGGUGAUUAUUUACAAUAUCGACCAGUCUAUGAUUCACCAUUGCAUACUGAUUUCUCAUCAUCGUCAUCAAAAAAGAAACAAGGAAAAAUACCAUCUGAAAAAGAAAUUCAACAGCGUGUUUCACGUUCUUUAAUUCUUCAAAUGAAUUGUGUGGUCAAACUUACACAGCAGAUGCGAACAGAAGAUUUACGAUAUCUUCAAUUACUCGAUCGGCUUCGUCAUGGACAAUGCAAUUAUGACGAUUAUGAAUUAUUGCAGACACGAGUUGUUGGACAACCAUCAAUAGAAUCUCUGCAUGAUUCGCCAUGGAACAAAGCUCCUAUUCUCGUGUUCCGAAACGAAGUUCGCACACAAAUAAAUAACAAGGCUGCUAUUCACAAUGCAACACAAAUGGGUCAUCCACCGAUGAUAUGUGUUGCUCAAGAUACAUGUAAAGGCAAAGCAAUCGAAGAUCCAAUAUUGCUUAAAAAAUUAUUAGAAUUAUCUGAUAGCAAGACAGAGCAUUUACCUGGUCUAUUACCUUUUGUACCAGGUAUGCCUGUCAUUUUAACGCAAAAUAUUGCUACUGAAUUAGGUCUUAUCAAUGGCAUAAAUGGAAUAUUUCGACAAUUAGUAUAUCAUGAAGAUUCGGUAACAACAGAAAAUGUAUCAGAAAUGUUCCCGAAUAAUACACAAUAUAUUCGUCGACCAAUAUAUGCUUUAAUUGAGAUUGUUAAAUCGAAGAUAGAAUGCAAACUUCAAGAUCUUCAACCGAAACUUAUACCAAUUCCACUUGUAGAACAAACAUUUCAAGUUGACGUUGCUGAUCUUAUUCCAAAAGAUAAGAAACCCAAAUCCAAUCAAAAGACAAUUUUAUCCAUCAAACGAUCUGCAUUACCACUUAUGCCUGCUUAUUGUAUCACAAUACAUAAAAGUCAAGGUCAAACAUUGAGUAAAGCGGUUAUUGAUUUAAAAUUACCAAAUGAAACGGAUGAUAUUGCAGCAGUCUACGUGCCAUUAUCUCGUGUAAAACGUUUGGCUGAUCUAGCGAUUCUGCGGCCAUUCGAUCAAAAAGUUUUACUUAUGAAACCAAAUAAAUCUCAAGUUGCUGAAAUAGAACGACUUGAUCAGCUAUGCGUGAAGACACGACUGCGUUUCUCAGAAUGGUUUCAAUAA